AUGCCGUUUGAAAAAUGGGGAAUUGAUUUUUGCGGACCGUUUCCUCCAGCUCGACGGACAGGUUAUAAGUAUGUACUAGUCUGCACUGAUUACGUUACAAAAUGGUCUGAGGUGAAGGUUCUAUGGGAGGAUACUGGUAAGAAGGUGGCGGAGUUUUUUUAUGAGCAGAUAAUUACACGGUUUGGAGUUCCCCUUGAACUGGUGAGUGAUCGGGGUACACACUUCUUGAACGAGGCAGUGGCAGCAUUGACAGAAACUUAUGGAGUUUAUCACUCGAAGUCUACUCCUUACUACCCGCAUUGCAAUGGUCAAGUGGAGUGUACAAAUGGAACUCUUUGCCAGAUUGUUACUAAAACCUGCUCAGCUUCUCGGAUGGAUUGGGAUAAGCGCCUGUUGGAUGCAGUCUGGGCGUAUCAGGUAGCACUAUUGCCGGUGGAGCUUGAAGUUCCAGCCUUGAGGAUGGGUGUGGAGCAUGCUAUGGACUGGGACGGUGCCAUACAGCAGAGGUUGAACGAGCUAGAACGAUUGGAUGAGAUGAGGCUGCUGGCAUUUCAAGCUAGAGAGGCACUGCAGAAGCGGAGGAAGAAAUGGCAUGAUGAUCAUAUUCGAGAGCGAAAGUUUGCAAUAGGGGAUUUGGUGCUGUUGUAUGACAGCAAGUUUUGGAAGUGGCCAGGAAAACUCAAGAUACGGUGGCUGGGCCCUUACGUGGUGGUGAAUGUCAACGACAAUGGCUCGGUGCAGAUGGCAGAUUUGAGUGGGAACCUGUUGCCAAUGUGGAUCAAUGGUUUUUGA